GAGAGAGCCUUUUUGCCGUUUGCUACCUUCCGCACCUUGACCGGUGGUAGGUUUCUCCUCCCCGCGCGCGCGGCGAUGGCCGCCGGCCUCCUCCUCGGCGUCCGCGACGCCACCGCCUGCGGCUCCCCCCAGCUCCGCCCCUGCAACUGGGCCCCCAGCCCCCGGUGGCGGCCGCUCGGCGCCGGCCGUGCCCUUGCGGCGGCCUCCUGCCUCUCCUCCCGUGCGGGCCGCCGCCGUGGCCAUGUCGUGAAAUUCGCGGCCUCCGCUUCGGGGGCCGGCGAGGAGCCCGGGGAUCCCUCGGAGGAUGAGGCGCAGAGGGAGUGGGAGGCGGAGAUGGCGCGGCGGCUCAAGGAGGCGGAGGAGAUGGAGGAGCUCGAGCGGACGGCCGAGGCGCUGCAGAGCCAGGCCGCCGCCGAGUCCUCCGACGAAUCCGAGGAGGAGAAGCGCGAGCGCGUCCGCCGCGAGCUCCAGAAGGUGGCGAAGGAGCAGGCAGAGAGGCGGGCGACGGCGAAACAGAUGUUUGAUUUGGGGCAAAGAGCCUACGGGAGAGGAAUGUAUGGCCGCUCUAUUGAAUUCUUGGAGGCUGCACUGACAAUCAUACGCCCCUCAUCGCUCCUUGGUGGGGAGAUCCAAAUUUGGCUUGCAAUGGCGUAUGAGGCCAAUAGGAGGCACAAGGAUUGCAUUGCACUAUACAAAGAGUUGGAGAGCUCACAUCCAAUGAUCAACAUUAGACGGCAAGCGGCUGAACUCCGGUACAUUUCUGAGGCACCCAAGCUGAAGAUCUCCAAUGACGAGGUGGUCACAAUACCACAAAUUGGAUCCAGUUGGGAUUGGUAUGCUGGAACAUGGAGUGACAAAAUCAAGGACCAGGAGGACAAGAAAAGAAAAAUGGUGGCUGCCAGCAGCCAAGUCGAACCUUCGCCAAAUAUCUUUGGUGACUUAUCUUUCUUGCGACCUCCAACCGAAUGGACAAGCAGCGCGUGGGUGAUUGUUACUUUAUGGAUUGUUUUGAUUGGAACAGCAAUCUAUUUGCAAAGGUGAAAGAAGCCACUCCAAUCUUUUAUGUGAAGAUAUCUUGCUGUCAAGGAGGCGACCAUUGAAAGGAGCUGCUUGGACCGAUUAUCUGGGUCGUUUGGAACACUACAGAGAAUCACUCUGUGGACGGUAGUUUGAAUCAACGCCCUAUAGCUGUAGCAAAUGCAUUGUGGAAACAGUUGUAAGAUUUUACGGCAGCAAUGGAUACUGUUUCCAAACCGCAGUUAAUGUAUCUGGUAGCAAGUUGAUGUGAACCGGUCCUUGUAAAUACAACGGUGGAAAUGAAGCCCGUAGCGUCUCGUUGCCAACGCUCGCAACACCAAUGGGGCGAUACCA